UAUAAUGUGACGCACAAUGAAUAUUGAUGUCUUGUGACAGACUGGAAUUUCUCCUUGAAGGUUUGCAACUGCAUAGACGUGAGAUAUCAUACUGAAUGUACUGCACAGCUUUUGUCGUCAAGCCACUGUCUGACAAAGGAACGAAUACUCUUGUCAACGCGCGGCUAUCCAUUCGGGUCGUAAUCGACGAUGUAAUUAUUGGACAGACAGAAGCGGCAGAGAGAGAACCACACAAAGCAAACUUCUGGAGUUUUGAGGACGUGAUUGAAAUGUGCGUUACAAUGAUAUGUCUGAUGAGGUGCCGGCAGUUCAGAUUUAAUUCUCAGACCUUCCUAUGUGCCAUCAUUCUCUGUUGAGGUCCUCCGGGAAAACGCACAAGGAGUAUCUGAGAAGAUUGCUUCCUUGGCUAUAAUUGUAAACUCCAUUUAUCUUCACCUGGCUGAGAAGAAUGGACCAGAAGUGACUUUUUGCGAGAUAACGGACGUGCUGAGUACACUGCCCUCGUU